UUUCAAUAGAAAAGAAUUUCCUGUUAGUUGGGUGAGCUCUCCAUCACUGGAAGUGGCAGGCCAACUGUCUAUUGACCACUCAUGAGGGACAUCUAGAAAAUUGUGGAGGGUUAGGCUAGACCUGAGAGUCCCAUAUAUUUCAAGUGUAGAAUGGAGAGAACAUGGCAUCUGCUGGGAGUAGGGUAUACUAUGACUCUGAGACAUUGAGGGUAGUUUGGGGGGAUGGUUGGAGGUUGGAGCAGUGGCAUGAGAUACCGUUGACCCCUGAUCUCCAGGAGAAGAACCCACAUCACUCUGGCAGUUACAUGUGUUUUCCUUCAAACUGGUUACCAGGUUGGAUUGACUGAUGACAUCAGAGGCUUCCAACCUUCCUGAUUGGAAGGACCAAACUCCGUGGAUGCUUGGCAGUGGAUGUGGGCAAUAGCAUCUUCUCAGAGCUCUUUCCCACUCCUAACUUCUCCCUAUUCUGGAGAAGAGAUAACAAGCUUGGGUUCAGCCAGAAUACUGAAUAGGGAUUUGGACUUAUUAGGGCUUAGGUUCUGUAGAAGGGAAGAAGUAGUUUGAGAGAAAUCAUGGACAGCUGUCAACCAAGUUCUCAGUUGGAGGACCUGAGUCCCCAGCUGAGCUCCUCAGGGUACCCCCUGGAAGUGAUAGUGAAUGAAGAAAUCCCAGGACCAUCAGUCCCCUGGGUAGAGCCCAACCCCCUGCUUCAGUCUUCUGGCCGGAAGAGGGAUUGGUCAACAGCAUUCGAGGAGGAGAUAACUCCAGCAGCUGAGGAUAUCUGGGUCGUGGAGUCUCUUUGCGGCCUCAAGAUGAAGCUGAAGAGGCAGCGGGUGUCAUCUGUGCUACCGGAGCAUCAUGAAGUCUUCAACAGGCUGCUUGAGGAUCCUGUCAUUAAAAAAUUCCUGGCCUGGGACAAAAACCUGAGGGUCUCUGACAAGUAUCUCCUGAGCAUGGUCAUUGCUUACUUUAGUCGGGCUGGCCUCUUCUCCUGGCAGUACCGGCGGAUUCACUUCUUCCUAGCUCUUUACCUAGCCAAUGACAUGGAAGAGGACAACCAGGCCCCCAAACAAGCCAUCUUUUCGUUCCUCUAUGGGAAGAACCGCUCCCAGCGCCCGUUGUUCCACAAGCUAAGAUUUCAAUUCGUCAGGUCCAUGGGCUGGAAGACCAGGGUUUCCCGGGAAGAGUGUGAAGAGGUGGGGCUGUGGGGCUUUUGGGAGGGGUCAGGCUGGAUUAGAGAGUGAGGGGAACAUGGAAGACUGGAGUUGGGAUUUGGGGACUAGAAAGAAUGGGAGGCUAGACAAGGAGAGGGAGGGACCUAUGUGGAGACCAUCAUUUUUCAGGGGGCUGCCUGUCUUUCCUGAGGAGCCCUGGUGGGACAGUGGUUAAGGACUCAACGGCUAUAGGGUCACCAUGAGUUGGAAUCGGCUCGAUGGCAAUGGGUUUAACAGGGUUUGUCUUUCUAGAUCCAGGCUUAUGACCCAGAGCACUGGGUGUGGGGGCGAGACCGCACCCUCAUUCCCUAGAGCUCCCAAAGACCACAAAGGCUUGAGGACAUCGGCCUGAGGAGAGGUAUGUCUGUGUUCUCACCUGUAGGAGCAGGAUGAUGUACAUUUAGGAAAUAUGGGGAACCCUUUGCUUGACCCUGGUGGCAUAGUGGUCAAGAGCUACAGCUGCUACCCAAAAGGUUGGUAGUUCAAAUCCACCAGGUGCUCUUUGGAUACUCUAUGGGGCAGUUCUACUCGGUCUUUAUAGGGUCGCUGUGAGUCAGAAUCAACUCAACAGCAAUGGGUUUAUUUAUUUAUUUAUUUUUCUUUACCCAUUCUUGACCCAAAA